AUCAGAACCAGAUUGAAACGCGGACCCAAAAUGCAGACCCACACUAGGCAGAGUUCAGUAAAAUCACCGUUUAAUAAACAGUAAAGGUAUGUACACAGGUAAGCUGAAGAUAAGGAUUUCAGAAAGAAAAUUGAUUGAUGAGGCACAGAAAUGGCUACUGGGCGUAAAGGGGAUUUAUCAAUAACAUUAGCUGAUGUUAUUUUAAACAUACUUUAUUGUGUCACGCAUACAGUAAAUCACAUACUCUUAUGUUUGACUGUUGUUUAUGGAAAUACGUGAGCCUGGUUAUUGACGUUUGCCUCUCCUCUGAUUUUUAAGUGUCUGCAAACUCUUUAAGCUCUAAAACAGAAGCUUGAGGCCAAACGGGAAUACCUUACGAAUAUAUAGGCCCAUGCUAGUUUUUCACCCUGGUGUCAAAGAGGGAGGACAGAGGGAGGAGGUGGGUAGAGGACUUUAACCAGUAGAAUUCCAAGGAACACAAAGACAACAGACCUUUUCUAUCAAAUGUGGUCCAAAGAUUCGAGGAGAAACUGAAGCUUCGUCUGCCAUGAAUGAAUGAAUUCUUCAUGGAGAUGUUGAGGAGUGAGAAUAAGGGCUCGGAAGAAAGAAUCCAUCGUACUUAAACCAAGAGGACAGAUUACAUAUUAUGAUUGGAUAUAUUACAGCUGUCGAGUCAACCCUAAAUGCUGAAUUUAACCACAGAGGAAAUGGAUGGACGUCCAGAGAGUGGAUUACCUCUUUCACGUUCUAAAAGUAUGGGAUUUUAGCCCAACUAGGAGUAUCUACCUGGGAAUAUCCAUAGCAGAGCCCUUUUCAGUCGCACCUCUGCACAGCAGGAGUUUGCUAUCACAGACUUUGAAGUUGAAAAGAAGUGUCCUGAUUCACUGUGUCACUCUGCUGCUCUCAAUGACCCUUGUAUGACUUCAACCCCUGAAGCACCAAAAGGGAAAUACUUGCUCUCUGUAAAUGAGAAUAUCACUCUAGUCACAGGAUGGCUCAAUCUUUGCUGGAGGCUUUAACGCUGACAAUUUUGGAGGAAUCUGGAAUCAUGGCUGUGUGGAGGACCUCAUUUUUUGGGAAAAGUGCUGCAAGUCACCGUCAGAUAUGCAGUCCUUGAAGCUGUUAGUCAUGUCUGUAUCCUACUUAGAUCUUAUAUGUGGAUAAUUAUUUUCAUCCUAUUGUCAUUACCUAUUGCCUGCUAAUCAUAUUGUCUCUACUGUAUACAGUGUUUUCAUAUUUAAACAAUAGAAAGUAUGACAAGCUAUGUUUGCUUUCCUGUUGGACAGGUUUAAAAAAAACUCUAUCUUUUUAACCAGCUCGUAUUUUACAUUCUGCAGACUUCUCAUUUCAUGUAAGAGCCAAAUGCCAUAUUUUGUAUUUCUGUGGAAAUUGGCUCAUUAAGACUAUAGCCUGAUAUCUGACAUUGGUGAACCUGCAAUGAACUGCACCCCUAAUGCCACCAUCGAACCACAGCUGGGACAUGUCCUAAGCCCAGGUGCUGGAGAUGCCGGGACCCAGGACAGUUCUGCUGGUGGUGGGAGCAGUGGAGGCCUUUGGGUGACCUCCCUGUUGGGUGCCACACUGAUGGUCAUGUGCGCCAUGGGUGUAGCGGGCAACACUUACACACUCAUUAUUACUCGAUCAGCCGCUUUACGACGCACAGGUUCCAUGUAUGUCUACAUCAUCAAUUUGGCACUGGCAGACCUGCUCUACCUUUCCACCAUCCCCUUCGUGGUCUGCACCUACUUCGCCCAUGACUGGCUGUUCGGGGAGGCAGGUUGUCGUAUCCUGCUGAGUCUCGACCUUCUCACUAUGCACGCAAGCGUCUUCAUUUUGGUUGCUAUGAGUCUGGAACGCUACCGUGCGGUGGCUACACCCUUCAGUGCCCACAGGUCGUCCUCUCGCAAUCGGAAGCUAGUUGCAGGGGUUAUCUGGGGGGUAGCUUUCGUGCUAACGCUUCCCAUGAUGGUGAUGAUACACCUCAGGGAGGGUAAACCAACUGCGUCUGGUUUGAUUAAGAGGAUCUGCUUCCCUACAUGGACUCCUGAGGCCUUCAAGGCAUAUAUCACUGUUCUAUUUUUGACAAGUGUGUUGGUUCCUGGAUUGGUCAUUGUCGGGCUGUAUGUGGGACUCGCUAGGCGCUACUGGGCGGCACAGUCUAGCUUAGGAGGAAGCAGCCGGUCGGCCAGGAGGAGAGGACUCAAACAAAAAGUUGUAUCAAUGAUAUUUUGCAUUGUUGUGGCUUACUGGGCUUGUUUCUUGCCUUUCUGGGGAUGGCAGCUAGCUAAACUAUUCUCUCUAGAGUCUCUCAGAUCUCUGUCUCCAGCAGCCCAUAAUUAUGUGAAUUUCUUUGUCACAUGUCUCACCUAUGGGAACAGCUGUAUCAAUCCAUUUCUUUACACCCUACUAACCAGGAACUAUAAAGAUUACUUGGCUCAGAAAAGUCAGUCUGUGGGUUCAAGUAGAGCUGACCCAGGGUCAGCUGUGACUACACCACUGCAUGAACUUUAGUGGAUGGUUAAAGGAUUACUUAGCAUGUCACAAGCGGGAACAUUUGUUUGAGCUUUAGCGUGGACAUUUUUGUUCAAGUAAUUUUGUACAAGACUAAAAUAUAUAUCCGUGUGAUACUUUUUAUAUGUAGUAGCACUUUCAACAAAUUAUGUUAAAUCAGCAAAUAAAUUUGAUGCUACAAAUUUACAGUUCUGUUGUCAACAGAGCUAUUAAGGAGUGAAAUUUAGCACAGCCGGCAGAUGUUUUCCCUUAUGUUAUGAGUUAUGAGUUAUUAUGUUAUCCUGACAGAUAAUAAUUUGAUAGGAUUUUUUUUUUUUGAAA